GCCAAGGUUAAUGAUCUAUCGCACGCGUUACUAUAGAAACACAUCAACAACACAGAACCAGAAAGCAAGAAAUUUGCUAAAAUGUUUAUAUAUCUCAGCAAAAAGAUUGCUAUCCCCAACAAUACAAGAAUCAAUGCAAUUGCUUGGAAUAAAGAAGAUGGUUACAUUGCAGUUGGUGGUGAUGAUGGACUACUCAAAGUCUUGAAACUGGAUGCAGGUGCUGGGUUAUUGGCAAAGAACCGUCUUCUAAAGUUUCUUACAGGUGGUGAAACUGAGGGAGGGAUUAAGUCUAGAGGGUUAGUUGCAUCUAGCAAUUUAUCAAUGAACCAAACGUUGGAAGGGCAUACUGAAAGUAUCCAAGUACUAGUAUGGAACGAAACGCAUAAAAAAUUGACCACAAGUGAUCAAAAUGGUGUUAUUAUAGUAUGGAUGUUGUACAAAGGUGCCUGGUAUGAAGAAAUGAUAAAUAACCGAAAAAAAUCAACGGUUGUUGGAAUGGCGUGGAGUGCAGAUGGUUUAAAAAUUUGUAUAAUUUAUGAAGAUGGUGCGGUUAUCGUUGGCUCUGUUGAUGGCAAUAGAAUUUGGGGAAAAGAAUUAAAAAACAUUCAUUUGUCAGGGGUACAGUGGUCCCCUGAUGGCAAAUUACUUUUGUUCAGUCUUAAAAACGGUCAGGUCCAUCUGUACGACAACCAAGGAAAUUUUAUUAUGCAAAUUGAGAUUUUUUGUAAUGAAGUAACCCUAGAAUUAAUACCGGUGGUCGGACUCGACUGGUACAACGGCCAAAAUGGAUACAUGCACGCACUUUGCCCAAAUCUGGCGAUUUGUUAUGAAAAUGGACGAACUCAAAUUAUGCGCAAUGAGAGCGAUACAAAUCCUGUCAUUUUGGACACUAAGAUGAUCGCAGUUCACUGCAGUUGGAAUCACAAUGGAUCACUACUUGCUAUAGCUGGGCGACAAUAUAGCGACGAUAAAGAAAUGAAUCUAGUUCAGUUUUAUAAUCCUUUUGGCGAGCAUUUGCGAACCUUGAAAGUCCCAGGAACGUCAAUCUCUUGUUGCGUAUGGGAAGGAGGAUCAUUGAGGGUGGCGUUAGCAGUCGAUUCCUUUGUUUAUUUUGCAAACAUACGACCAGAUUACAAAUGGUGCUACUUCAAGAAAACUGUCGUUUUUACUUGCUGCAGGCCGCAAAAACCGGGGAUUUGCGUCUCUUUUUGGGACAUUAGUAAUAAUCAAUGUCACACUGUUUAUGUCCCAAUACUUAUAGCUUUGUCAGGAUAUGGAGAUCACUGUGUUUUAGUCACUAGAUCUGAACUUGAUGAAUCUCCAGGACAGUAUGGUUUAAUAUUAUGUAAUACGUUAGGAACCGCAGUUGACGGUAAAUAUAUCGACAUUGAACCAAUCGCCGUGACAAUGAACUCGACACAUGUCAUUGCAACGUCCAAAAAUAACUUCAUCAUUUGGCAAUACAAAACUCCAAAAUCAUCAUCAGUAGUUACAGGGGCUAGAAACAAAUGUAGAAUGUUUCAUGUCGAUGAUAAUCCAACAGGGGCCGUUGAAGUUAUCCAAGAAUUAGACAGUUUAGAUAAAAUUGUUGUAAGCACACACAAUAGUUCCGAUCCGGCUUGUUGUAUCUCCUGCACUGAUAAAUGUUUAAUAAUUGGACGCGAGUCUGGAUUAUUACAAUACUAUGCUUUACCUCACGUUGUACUUACCAAUAAAUAUAAAAUAUCAUCGCGGCCUCACAAAAUCGCAAUUAAUUGUAACUCAACGCGUUUGUCUGUAAUUGACGUAGCCGGAGUGAUGACUGUUCUUGAUACUUCUGAUGCUAUUGGACGGCCUUCUACUACCACCGAUAACAAACUAGAGCGUAAAGACGUCUGGGCGAUGUGUUGGGCCUCAGACAACCCCCAACUACUUUCAAUUAUGGAAAAAACAAGGAUGUAUAUAUUUAAGGGGAUUUAUCCCGAGGAACCGGUUUCUUGCUCUGGCUAUAUUUGCAGUUUCAAUGAAUUAGAAAUCCAGGCGGUACUCCUUGACGAAAUUAUGGAGUCUCCCGAACGACCAAACAGUAAAGAUCAUUUGAUCAAGUUGGAAGUGAAAAGUUUGAGAGAUACAAGACAACUACUUGAAAAAGUCGGUAUUAACGAAGCUUCACUUUUUAUAGAAGAAAAUCCACACCCAAGACUAUGGCGUUUGUUGGCUGAAGGAGCUUUGCGGGAAAUGAAUUUGUCAAUGGCUGAAUCGGCUUUUGUUCGAUCGCGGGAUUACGCCAGAGUUUUAUUUGUAAAGAAAUUAAAAGAUAUUAAUUCCAAUGCGAUAAGAAAAGCCCGCAUUGCGACCUACUUUAAAAAUUUCGAUGAAGCCGAAAAAGUCUACAUGGAAGCCGAUAGAAGUGAUUUGGUUCUCAACCUACGGCAAACUUUAGGCGAUUGGUUCAGAGUGAUACAAAUUCUGAAAAACGGAACGUCAGCACCUGAUUAUUUACUCAAAACUGCGUACAACUCCGCGGCUGAAUAUUUCGUACAUUUUAAUAAUUGGAUCACAUCAGUUGAAUACUACGAACUCGCCGGAAAUAUGGCUGAAAUGAUCGAAUGUUAUUACCACUUAGAAGAUUACAAAAAACUGGAGUCUUUUGUACAAAUUUUGCCUGAAGGUGACCCACUUUUGAAAAAAAUUGGAGACAUAUUUGCUACCAAUGCUGUUAUUUCCGAGGCCGUGGAAGCGUAUUGCAAAUUUGGUAACGUAAAUACGGCAAUUGAGUUAUGUAUUACACACAACAGAUGGAACACGGCUAUUGAGUUGGCGAAAAAAUAUAACAUGACUAAAAUUUCUGACCUUUUUGUCAAAUACACCACACAUUUAGAAGAUCAAGGGUCACUUUUUGCCGCAAUUGAUGUAAAUAUUCAAGCAAAAUUUUAUUUACAUGCAGCUGAACACGCUUAUAAGUUAGCAGAUUUGGAAAGUAAAAAGCUUAAUAAAAAUCUCCUAAAAGUGAAAAAACAUUACGUCUACGCGGCGAGAUUACUACAAAUGCAUAAGAAAACGCCAAAUCCUGCUGAAUGGGCUUCAGAUCCUACAGUUUAUGAAAACGCAUGGAAAGGUGCAGAGGCUUAUCAUUAUUACAUACUUGCCCAGGAGCAGCUGUACAGUGGUAAACUACAUGAUGCCCUAUGUACAUCCUACAAACUUCAAGAUUACACCAGUUAUCUAAAUGCACUUGAUAUUUAUUCAUUGUUGGCGUUAACGGCUUGUUUGGACCGAUCGUUUGGAAUUUGUUCCAGAGCACUUAUAAAACUUACAAAUUUGCCGGAAAUUAGUGAAACCGCUAGGAAUCAAUACAAAAAAUUGGCGUGGGACAUAUUUAUGAAAAAUGAACCGAAAGAUUUAAAACAAAUUAAACUCAAAUGUUCCAAUUGUGGAAAUUUGACGUCUGAUUGGAGAACUAGGUGUCCCAAAUGCAAGAUCCAUUUCCCUACGUGUAUUGCCUCUGGCAGAUCUAUAAUUGAAGAAUUAAGCAACACAUGGCUUUGUUCACAUUGCCAUCACCCAGCUUUUGAAUCACAAAUGACUUUUCACAAUGUUUGCUUACUUUGUCACGCAAAUAAAUAAAACUCAAAAAUAUAAA